CGGACCUUUGUCUCCGCGCUGCGAUCAAAACCAAAACCCAAGUCAAUGACGACCCUCUUCGUUUCAAGAGUACAGUACCUACUUACCAGGUACUUUCUCUUAUCCCGCUAAAGACCUACGGUACCUCAGCUAAGGCAAUAUCCGUCUCCUAGCUAUAUUAUACCGACCCACAGUUUCUGUCUAUCUGCCCAUCCUCUACCUCAAAAGAUGCCGAUGCAGAUACAUCCGCUACAAUCAUGCGCCUCGCCCACCUCCACAUCCCGCACUUGAUUCCAUACACCCAUUCGCUCCGGCUGCAGAACGCCCUAGUCGAACGACAAUUCGCAUAUAAAGAUUGGCUCCGGGGGACAGACAAGAAAGAAGACGACGGAACACACACGCAGACACAAUCACAACCACAAACACCAUUUGACGCGGCGCAGUUGAACCACGACGACCAUUCCAAUCCAAAUCCAACACCACCACCUCCCGACCCGACCCUCCUAACAUUCUCGACCUUCCCAACAUACACAGUCGGUCGGCGACACUUACUCACCAACCCGAUCUCCGGGGCUCAACAGGCCUUCCUGACCUCCCACGAACGCGCUACAUUCCACGCCUCCCCGCGCGGCGGUUUGUUAACGUACCAUGCCCCAGGCCAAUUGACAGCAUACAUUAUAGCAGACUUACGACGGCACGGAAUCACUGCGCGCUGUUGGGUGAGGUUGUUGGAAGAUAGUGUGAUUCGCACAUGUGCGGCCUGGGGAGUGGACACACAACGGACGGAUGACCCGGGGGUAUGGAUUAAAAAGAGACUCGACAACAGAGAAACGCCAACAUCUGAAUCAGAUCCCUCAAACGCUGACGCUGAUCGCAAAAUCUGCGCCAUUGGCGUCCAAGUCUCGCGCGGCAUCACAUCGCACGGCAUCGGACUCAAUGUCUUUGAUGCCCCAUUACCCAGCAAUCCGGUCUACGACUUCUCCCCGGACCAGACCAGAUCAAAAUCCUACGACCCCGUCACCCGCGGGUAUUUGUCCUGGGGAUUCAGUCGGAUAGUGGCGUGCGGUCUGGAGGGUAAGAGCGUGACUUGGUUGACGAGGGAACUGGGGGAACUGCCAAAAACAAGAGCCUGCAAAGAUCAAGACGGAACCACCCAUGUCUUAUCGCCGACUAACCAGCAGCCGCCAGAAAUCCCACUUGAAUCCGUGGCUUCCGUCUUCGCCCGCGAGCUUUGCCACGGCUUGAACGCCAUGCGCGGACAAGGCAAAGAGACCGUCGAUGAUAUCUACAAAAUUCAAGAGGUGGAUGUUCUUGGGCUCUGAAACGUCGUCGGAUUGACUGAUUCCCUACCUUCCCACACCUCCUUGCCGGAACUCAACUGGAGUGGCGCAAGCAAGCAAGCAACCAACCGAAUUCCUCGCUAUCAUUUACUCAUCAGACGCGAAACGAACGAGAUACCUGGGUCCUGCACCCUUCCGAAUGCCACUCAGACAUCCUCCCCUCGUCCUCGAAUGGAAUCCGAUCCAAUCCAAUCAUCAGCCGCGGACCACUCUGCGGUCUCUGACGCUGUUCAGAAAUGGAACCAAGGCAGGGGGAAUAUAUUCCGCGACUUUUGGGUCAAGUCAAAGCUUGCGAGAUUAAAAGUCCACAGCCGAGUCGAUCCCUGGUAACAAGGUGAGUUUGGGCCAUGACAACAAUCACCUACUGGUGCAGUACAGUAUAUACUCCAGGGAGAAAGAGAUCUCUGCAAGUGAAAUGCUUUGUCCACCUCUAUGCAUAUGCGUGGCCAUGUCUCUCAACGGCCGUGUCAGCUUGGGAACUGCUUGGUCUAAUCAAUGUCGGGCUGUACGACCAACUUCGAUUGCAAUGCAUCAACACCAAUAAAUAGAGCCAAAAUUGGGGUCGAUAUACGGAUGGUCACUUAUUACAUUCUCCCAUUGCACACGGUGGUAUAUCAGCAAUGCAGCGAGAGAGAUUAAUAUACUCAAUAGUCAUGAGUAAACUUUCAUUAAUUUGACAGUAAUUGUUCAUUCGUGACUCCAGGCUAUGAAUUGAAGAAACCCCUUUUGUC